AUGGCCUCGCUCUUCAAUGUGAUCUUCAGUAUCUCUCAACAGAUCUCUCAGUAUCAACAGACCAUGCAGUUUCUUGGCGCCUUCUCCCUGCUUAGCUUUUGGGCUGGCCUGGCGGUAGCCGCCUACAACGAUGCCUGUCCUAAUUGCACAGAAAUAUACAACGGAGGCUGCGACAAGGACAGUGGCCCAGUAAAACUACUCAUUGGCAACGGUGGAGCUGGUCAAAGUGGACUUGUGAAAGGGGACACCACAAAGACGAUCAACAAUCUCAAAGCAGGACAUGUACACGUCGGCAUAACUUACCAUAAGGUGGCCGAACAAAUCGCCAUUGAUGCGGGCUUCGCGAAGGGAUGCAUGUACGAAGACGAUAGCAAACAUCCUUGCUUCACAGAUUGCAAAAAUGCGACGGAAAAGCCAUGCUAUACGUUUCGUGACCACUUCUACUUGGUUGGACCUCGGGAGAAUCCUGCACAUGUUGAGAAAGAUGAGAAUAUCAUGAACACAUUUAGGAAAAUCUAUGAGACCGGUGAAAGGGGCAAGGCCCGCUUCCUCACUCGAUUUGAUAAAUCUGCGACUAAUAUCAAGGACUCGGAGAUGUGGAUUGGAAUUGGGCAGGUUCCAUGGGCGCACGACUACUCGGAAUGGUACCAUCAGUAUAUUGACUACCCAGUUCAGGCAUUGACGGAAGCUAUUACACAGGGGGAGUACACGAUCACCGAUAGAGGAACCUAUCUCACCCUAAUGAGUCAGUUUCCGUGUCUCACUGAGAAUACUACAAUAUAUCAGAAAGGGGAAGACCACGAGGAGCUGCUUAACCGAGGUGACAUUAUAACCUCCAGCAACAUUCAAGCUUCCGAUCGGAGUUACGUCGACGAUUUCGUGAAAUGGGUCCAUGGCCCCGAUGGACAGGGAGUCAUUCGAAACUACCAUAAGCCACAAAAAAAGUAUUGCUUGUAUAAGGGAUUCCCUACUGAUGGCGACUCGCUCGAGCCAGACAACUGCACGUGGGACUUGGACGCUAGCAAAGCUUGUGCCACUCAUGAUGAUGGUGAUGUAAGAGUGGAUUUAUGA